AUGACCGUCUCCUACACUCUGAAAGUGGCCAACGCCCGCUUUGGGGGCUUCUCCAAGUUGCUCUUUCGGUGGAAAGGAAGUAUCUACAAACUAUUGUACAAGGAUUUCAUCGUCUUUGUGUCUCUAUAUGCCAUGCUGAGUGUGAUGUACAGGCACAUACUGAAGCACGAACAAAAAGAACUGUUUGAGCAGGUUUCCCUUUACUGCAACCGGUACACAGACCUUAUUCCUGUCUCUUUUGUGUUGGGUUUCUACGUUACUCUCAUUGUUAACCGUUGGUGGGCUCAGUACACCAAUAUCCCCCUCCCUGACCAGCUGAUGUGUGUAGUGUCUAGCAAUGUGCAUGGUGGGGAUGAGAGAGGCCGCAUGCUGCGAAGAACCCUGAUGAGAUACGCCAACCUGUCCUCCGUGCUCAUCCUACGAUCUGUCAGCACGCGUGUGCUCAAGAGAUUCCCGACUAUGGAACAUAUUGUUGAUGCAGGGUUCAUGACCCGUGAGGAGCUGAAGAAGUAUGAGAGCCUGUGCUCAGACUUUAACAAGUAUUGGAUCCCUUGUGUGUGGUUCACCAACCUGGCUGCGCAAUCGCGAAGAGAUGGGCGUGUGAGGGAUGACGUGGCACUCAAACUCCUGAUGGAUGAACUGAAUAAGUAUCGUGCAAAAUGCAGCAUGCUUUUCCAUUAUGAUUGGAUCAGUGUCCCCCUGGUGUACACACAGGUCGUCACUAUAGCAGUUUAUUCAUUCUUUGCCUUCUGCAUCAUUGGUCGUCAAUUCCUGGAUCCAGAAAAGGGAUAUAAGGGACAUGACCUUGAUAUGUACGUCCCUAUCUUCACACUGCUGCAGUUCUUCUUCUACGCAGGCUGGCUAAAGGUAGCUGAACAGAUUAUUAACCCCUUUGGAGAGGAUGAUGAUGACUUUGAAACCAACAGAUUGAUAGAUAGGAACCUGCAGGUUUCUCUCCUGUCCGUGGAUGACAUGUAUCAGAAUUUGCCUCCGAUGGGGAAAGACAAGUACUGGGAUGACCAAAGUGCUGUGCCCCCUUACACUCUUGCCACUGCAGCCGAGACACUGAAACCAUCAUUUAUGGGUUCUACCUUUGAUAUGCGUAAUUUAGGGGAUUCCGAACAGUGCCAGGCGAUACCUGUCACCCCAAACACCCCCCGAGCUCGCACCCCCAUGCUCGGCAGAUUCCUCUCUUCUGCCCCCUCGCCUGCAGUCAGUAUGAAGAACUUUAUGAAUCGUGGUAUGCGAAACCACCUUGUCCGGUUCCGUACGGAUGGCUAUCCUUCUCCCAACCCAAACGCCCGCCAUUCCGAGCAGGAAUUAGACUAUGUUGCCCGCAUUGAUGAAGAGGAAACAACAGAGGAUGAGAAGGAGAGUAAGGCCAGCGAGCCCCCCACACCAAGAGUCCAGUUUAAGGUACCUCAUAGACUACAGGCCUCCGAGAAGCAGAAGAAGAUGGAGCAGCCCAAAAUACCAACUCUGCUAAUCACUGUUGAUGAACCUUCUGAUGAGAGUUUGAACCAAGACCAUAGUGAAAGCUAGACCCAUUAACGCACUCACAUUAACAACAGUAAAGUGUUAUCCUACAAGGAAC